UUGGUUACAUUCCACUCUAAUAAUAAUAUUUAAGUAAAUGUCACUGAUUCCAGGCAAUCGGAACAAAAAUGUUGAAGUAAUUCAUAAAACAUUCGAUCUCAUCGGAGAUCUACCCUCUGACAGAUGGGCUGAAGCUAUCUACAAUACUUUUAACUAUCAGAAGUUAACUGAAAAGUUCAAGGCUGAUGGCAAGCAGCAAAAGGAAUGCAUGACGUAUAACUACUUACUUGACUUGCUUGACAACACAUUGGAACAGAAGAACAUGUAUCUGAAUAAAAAUACAGUCAGCAUCCAGAAGUUUAAAGAUGACACCCCAGAAGAAAAUGAGAAGGUGGCAACCCAAAAAUUACCAUUACAAAAAGAACAGAAGGUUGAUGAGGAAAUCAAAGUCAAAGAUUCUCAAUCCUCAAAGUUAGAGAGCUUGAAAAGUGCGAAGCCACAAUCCACUGAAAAAGUAUCCAAGCAGCAAAUUAUUGCAGAUCCAGAGUCAGAAGGUCACGAAAAGUCUGUAUUAGAGAUCGAAGAUUUACAGACUAAGAAAGCAACAGUUGAGCAAAAUGAAAAAGAUGACAAUCUCAACUUACUUAGCUCUUCCACUAAGAAGCAUCCGACAGCUGCGCUUCCAGUUUGAACUGAGACAUUGCCAGAAAUUUUAGAUAACGAACUCCCAGUCGAACCUCAAGCAAAGGUGGAAUCCUCUCAAAGUUCGGUCAAGGAUGUGCUACCUGAAGAGCUAAAAGAAGAGAGCAAGCCAAAUUCUACACUGAGCAUUCUAAACCAAUUUAAAAAAGUUAAAGUCGAUAACAGACCAUCAUACAAGUCUAGCAAAUACUUUUGGGAGUGACCUUGCUGCGGAAAGCAAUUAAGAUCCCCUAAAUCUUUGAGGUUGCAUAUUAGAACUCAUUGGUCUUUGAAUAGAGAAGGAAGGCCUUACAAAUGUCCAAUUCCAGACUGUGAGAGAAGCCAGGGAGGAUUUAACUUCAGAUAUCAUUUCAAUUUACAUUACAAAACCCAUAAGAAACAUCCUCUCUUCCAAAGAGAAAUCCUUCGACAAAACUUCGAUUUUGAGCUAUACAUCACACAGAUCUCAGAAACCUAUUUGGAGAAGGUACAGGAACUCAAGAAAAAGAAACACAAGAGGCUUCUUCCAAGAGUUGACCUUGAGUUCAGUAACAUUAUGGGAAUGAAUUUCCAAGCAUAUGCAGAAACUCUUCACACAGAAUAAGGAAAUGGGACUUAAUUUGGUCAAACGAUUUUCAAUGUUUC